CAUCACGGCGGUAUCUGCGGAAAUCGGAGAGGAGUCCGUGCGAGCCACCCCGGGGUACGCGAGCUCCCUGGUAGAGCUCAUCAGCGAGAUACCAGUCCAUGGAGUUGAGAGGCUGCAACGCAAGUUGUCGGUCGAUAUCAUGGACAUCAUUACGGCUGUCGCGUCGUCCGAGGACCAAAAGUCUCAUCUGAUUCGGACCGCGAUGAGGUUCGCCGAGGUAUACGGGAUAGACGUGUAUUGCCCCGAGGCAUACACGCCUUCAUCCUCGGUUGUCGCUGUCCGCGACCCGCCCAAAUUGGAGGAUUUUCGAAAUAUUGUCCUCCCAGACGACUAUGAUUCAGGUUGGUUUCUCCGUCUGUCGGCCAUCAUAGGCUUAGCUGUCUUCCUGGUGUUAGUGGUAGUGGAAGACGUGAUGAAGUCUGGAGCCUAA